CACUGUAACUCAUUUCUGCUCUUUGAUCCUGCCAAUCAGGGAAGAGCUAUGAAGGCUCUGAAGCGCGCUGUUCUCAGAUUACCUCAACAGGACACUCAUCACAAGAAGGAAGAAAAGAUGACCUACUAUGAUCCUUUUGUACAACUUGAUCUUGAUGUUGCACAAGCUACCAAGGAUGUGCAGAUCUGUAGAGAAGUUAUUUUUGCUCAUUCUUCAGUUUCAUCAAGCGUGAAAAACAGCGUUCACGAAUUCUCCAAGUCACGUAAAGCUAUUAGCACGUUCAUGUUGCAAUUGAAGAUAACAUCAGAGAAUGACAAAAUCAAUAAUGUUCUCCUUAAACUAGGAAAUGCUCAGAGCGAACUCCACAAGCUUGCUGAAAAAUAUCACGCCCAGCUGUCUCAAGAAAUGUCAAUUCCUUCGGAGUGUCUCUUAAAUCAACUUCAAACUGUUGAGGAAGUAAGGAGGCAGUGUGAAGAAAAGAGGUUAUUUUAUCAACAAAUGAAGAUGAAGAAAGAGAAAAGGAAUGGAAGAAGUGUCAAAGAACAAGUGAAAUUGUUCCAAAAUUUUCAGACUGCUAGAGAUGCGUAUUACAAUUGGGGAUCAUUUUAUGUUGGCCGAUGCAAAUCUUUGAUGCAAUCAGUGUGUCAAACUCUCAUCGCUCAGACAGCCCAAAACUUUUCAGCAGAGAUUGAUCUCUUUCAAAAGGCUCUAGCAUCAUAUGAGGCUAUUGUAGAUGAGGUACAAAAUAGUUUUGAGAAAUAUUAUGAUGGCAGCAAGCUCAAAGGAUCCAACCAGAAUGAUCAUUCCAAUGAUGGAAGUGUUAGUUUAGAGUGUAGAAGCAAUAUGUGUUUUGAGGAUUCUUCAAGCUUACAAGAUUCUUUGGAGAAAUCUGAAGGUGCCAAUCAAAUUUCUACUCCUAUAGAAUUGGGGGCUGAUAAUGUUGAAUCGGAGAAUGAGCUUGUUUGAAAUGUUCAUAAACGUCGAUGAAACUAUGCGUGCGGGAGGACUGCUUAAGCUCGCUUUCCUUCAUAUGACGCAUUUGCUUUUUCUUGUCCUAAGAAGUGCACUUCUCCUUCGUCUUUAUUGUUC